GUGGUACAUAGCUGAUAAAAUGAAAAUUAUUUAAUAAUUUUGUCGUUCGUUAGCAGUGCACUUAUGCUGUUAAACUGUUGGAUGUGUACUACAGUAUUUACAUACUAUCCAUAGCUUUGGCACAUUGAUCAUCAUUAUGAAACCAGCUCGAGCGUCAGGAAGGACCUCCACACGGGGCCCCAGAGGAGCUGCAGAGAGGAAGACUGAUAAGAGAUCUCAAAAGUCUAAGCCCAGUGUUGAAGGCUCACAUCCGGAACAGUCUAAGAAAAACAGUGCGAUGGCUGGAAAUAUUAAAAAUCAGAGUAAGUGGAAGCCAAUGACCAAGUCUUCCAUACUGACCCUCGACAACAUGCUUGACUUCUCAAUUCUGUCUGUUUUAACAUUGAGACACAAAGAAAAAGAAGAAUCGCAAAAGCAUCUCAACCUCCUUAAAGAUCAGUUUCUGGCAAAGUGUGCACAGCUCUCCAUUCCUCCAAGGAAACAUGGAGACAUUAUGCAGGUGUCCAAUCAGUUCAAAGCUGAGAGUAAGAAGGCUGAGCAAGGCAAGAAGACACUUGAGGCUCUAGAGGAGAACAUGGCCUCAAUGGUGAGCUCUCUUGAGGAGAUGGAAGGGAAGAUGGACAGUUUGGAAGAAAAAUGCAGGAUGAUGAGGAGCAAACUAGAAGAGAACAAGGAGAACGCACCGGAGUUUCUUCAGCUGUCAGAGCAGACUGUCCUGCGGCUCCCUGCUUUACCAUCUCGCCCAGCCAAUGAGCCGACACUACAGGAGCAGCUCAUGAAGAUGGUACCUAAUCCCUCAGCAGUGGUCAAAGCCCUUCAGAUGGCUACAGUUGUUGGAGAUGUGAGGGCGUACCUGGAACUUGCACACAAACAGGUGGAUGCAGUACAGAUGGCAAACAGUGACACAUCCCUGGACUGACACCCCAAAACACAGGCUUUUCCGCCACAGGAAUAGACCUUAGACACUCUUUGUAUGACUUAUAAAUAAAUCAAAUAAACUUUUUCUUUUCAUUACGACAACAGUUGUUAGACAAAGUAGAUGCUUAUUUCAAAAUGACACAUUCUGUUCAAGCACUGGAAUUCAGUUUUCACUUUGGAAGUCUCACUGCUCUUUGUACGGCUUUAAUCAGUAAGUUGAUCAACAACUUGUUCUUGCAAGUCAUAGUCUUUAAGAUGUAAAUUUGUCAAGUUUGCAUCAGUACAGCAGUUCACAUUCUUGCUUCCUUUUAUGUUUGAUCUGUUGUUUUAAACUUUGAAACUGAAAGUAACUUUUAAAAUGUUUAUUUUGUUUUUAAAUGUUUCCCCAAUAAAAGGGUUCACCUCAAAACUUAAAGGCCAUGUUCUAAAUUCAUAGAGAGAGAAUAUGUCUUUAGCUUUAUUAAUGGAUAAUUUAUUCCCAGUAAUCAGGCUACACAUGCCUUUUAUCAUACUACUUAAUUGUAAAUGCCCAUAAGAGAACCCAUAUCUUGACGUCAUUAUUUUGUUUGCUAUUAGGUUCCUGAAAUGCAAAGGCAGCAUUAUUGCAUUACAACUAAUUUAAAAGAUAAUAAAGCCUGUCAAGUACUUCAAAGACUCCAAAAAAUAUAUAUG